AUGGUAUGUGGAGAGAUACUCACCGUCAACGCCAUUGUGUCAGCGAGACUAACAUACCGACUCCCCGCAGGCAAGAUUGUCCGUUUCGGACCCAACUCCGUCUCCUUCAACUCGUCCACCUCCCUCAAGGAGAUCUACGGCUUCCGCUCCAAUGUCCGCAAGGCCGAGUUCUACGACGCCUUCGUCCACCCCGCGGCUAACACGCACAACACCCGUGACAAGGAGGUGCACGCCCGCAAGCGCCGCGUCAUCGCCCACGCCUUCUCAGACAACGCCAUGAAGGAGAUGGAGCGGUACAUCCUGGGCAACAUUCGCUCCUUCACCACCGAGAUCGGCCGCGGGUCGUCCCCCGACACCAAGGGAUGGUCUACACCCAAGAACAUGACUGACUGGUGCAACUACCUCGCCAUGGACAUCCUCGGUGAUUUGUCGUACGGAAAGGCGUUCCACAUGCUCGAGUCUCCGGAUAACCGCUUCGCGCUCGACCUGAUUGCCGCCGCGACCAAGAGGCAUCUCCUCUGCGGCACGAUGCCCAUUGUCGACAAGCUGAAGCUGGACAAGUACCUCUUCCCCACCAUCGCCGCCGGUCGUGCCAAGUACAUGGUGUACAGCAAGGCCCAGCUUACCGAGCGUACCAAGCUGGGAGAGGAUACCGACCGGAGAGACUUCUUCUACUACCUCCUCAAGGCCCGCGACCCCGAAACCGGCCAGGGCUUCUCUACGCCUGAGCUUUGGGGCGAGUCCAACCUGCUUAUUAUCGCCGGCUCCGACACGACGUCGACCGCAAUGGCCGCCGUCUUGUUCUACCUCACCCGUAACGCCGCCGCUCUGCAAAAGGUCACGGAGGAGGUCCGCAGCAAGUUCUCAGAUGUCGAGGAGAUCCACCAGGGCGCAACUCUCAACUCCUGCCACUACCUCCGUGCCUGCAUCGACGAGGCGAUGCGUCUCUCCCCCUCUGUCGGUGGCCUUCUCCCCCGCGAGGUCCAGGCCGGCGGCAUGACCAUCGACGGAGUUUACAUUCCCGCGGGCACCGUCGUCGGAACUCCGCACUACACGAUCCACCACAACGAGAACUACUUCCCCUCGGCCUACUCGUACGUCCCGGAGCGGUGGUUGGUCGGCGAGACGAACCCGGUGUCUGGGAAGCAGACGACGGAGGAGGACACGGCGAGGGCGCAGAGCGCGUUCUGCCCCUUUUCGAUCGGUGCGCGCGGGUGCAUCGGCAAGGGACUCGCAUACGCCGAGAUGUCGACUACGCUGGCUCGCACGCUGUUCCUGUAUGACAUGCGCAAGGCGGUCGGCGUCGUUGACCCGGCGGAGGGACGUCCUGACCUGGAAGAGGGACGCAGGAGGGUUUCGGAGUUCCAGUUGUAUGACACUUUUACGAGUAUGAAGGACGGCCCGUUGGUGGAGUUCAGGGAGAGGGCUUAA